UGGAAGCUCUGUGAUAAAACCUUAAAGAACAGACAUGGAAGCUCUGUCUCUCUCAGCUACCACCAGCAGCAUCACCAUUUCGCUGAACCUCCCAAUCAAACCCUGCAAAACCCAUAUCCAAACUGCAUUUACAAGCUUAAAUUUCUCCACUUCACAUGGUAACAAGACUCGCUCAACUCAUUCUUUCUUUUCUUCACCUUUCAAUUCUAAAUCAGCAGGUAAAACAAGCUUAAAUUUAUCCAGUUCAACAACAGCAACUACUCCUUUCACUUCUAAUUCUUUGUCGUCCACUGAGACUGACCGGCGCCAUUGGAUGGUGCUCAUGGAGAGACCAUCAGAGGGGCUUAAGACUAAGCCAGAAAUCGUUAAUUACUAUGUCAAGACUCUUGAGAGAGUUUUAGGCAGUGAAACGGAUGCUCAAAUGUGUAUAUAUGAUGCUUCUUGUGAUACCCAUUUCGGUUUUUGUUGUGAUAUUAAUGAAGAAACUUCUCGUCUGCUCGCUCGUUUGCCCGGGGUUUUGUCUGUUAGGCCUGACCCAGAUUAUAAUUCUAUGGAAAAAGAUUAUAGUUGCUCAAAUAGCCAGUUGAGUAAUCUACCAAAUUCACAAAUUGGAACUACACUAUUGUUUCCUGCGAGAAAUACGAAACGCUGGCUUGUUCGAAUGGACAAGCCAGGGGUUGGUGUUGUUACAAAGCCACAGAUGGUCGAUUUUUAUGCUCACAUACUAACCAAGGUUUUGGGGAAUGAGAAGGAUGCACAAAUGUGUAUAUACCACGUUUCUUGGCAAUCCAACUUUGGGUUUUGUUGUGAACUUGAUGAGGAAUGUGCAAAGGAACUUGCUGGUGUCCCAGGUGUUUUGUCUGUCCAGCCACAGCCAGAUGAGAAUUUUGGUUCAGAAAAUAAAGAUUAUGUAGGUACAAAUUUGCAGAAUUCUGUGGUUCCAACAGAUUCAGAAGGAAAUCAAACAAACUCCAUUGAGACAAAGAAGCUCUUUGUGACUGGCCUCUCAUUUUAUACAUCUGAGAAAACAUUACGUGCAGCAUUUGAAGGCUUUGGCGAGCUUGUUGAAGUUAAAAUAAUAAUGGACAAGAUUUCAAAGAGAUCCAAAGGCUAUGCAUUUGUAGAGUACACUACAGAGAAGGCCGCAAGUGCUGCUCUGAAAGAGAUGAAUGGCAAGAUUAUCAAUGGCUGGAUGAUUGUUGUCGAUGUUGCCAAGCCAACUCCGGCAAGAUACGGCCAGAACCGCCCCAGACAGGCAGGCUGAGAAGAGCGAAAGAGCGAGUUCCCAACCCAAACUAAAGAUUCUGUGCAUUGCCACAAACUUUUUUUUUUUUUUGGUUAAAUGAUCACUAGAUUAUUAGUUACUCAAAUCUUGGUAUUGGGUUCUCAUGGCAUUUCUGGUCAGUCUGUAAAUUUCCUUAGGACUUGCUCCCCAAAAACAAAUGUAAUUUCUGAAGGCAAAUUUUUAAAAGAAAUAAUUGCAAAUGAAAAAAUUUACAAUAUUAUGUAGCAUGUAU